AUGCAUAGACAGUCCCUGAGCUCACCGUCCUUAAAGCUUUACAGCCAUGGCGGAGCCAAGGAAGAGACGGAGAAUGUCGAAGAACCGAAGCUCAGAGACUCUGUUUCAUCGUCGUCCAUAUACGACGAAGACGGCGAUAACGCCGGGAAGAGUCGUCGAGCAUCAUCGCCUCCUUCCAGAACAGACAAGUUCAUCCACCUCCUUCCCAUUCUCAUUUUUUGCUGCUUCCUCGUUCUCUACCUCUGCUCUCACACUCCCUCCGCGUCAGACAUGGAAUCGUUUCGCAGAUUCAAGCUCUCCUCCGAGCGUUCUGACUUAGCGGUGGAUAUGAACGAUAUCCGGCAGAUUCCAGCAGACGGAGCCGAUAUUUUGCCGAUUCGCACCCUGAAAAAUUUGCAAGAGACACGGCCACACAGGAAAUUCGCCGAUUUUUAAGCCGCAUUAACUGGUUUUACCAUCUUGAUCAUUCCUGCAACUUCGUUUAUCAGAAUAGCUUUCUUUGCUUCACUUUCUUGGUCGUGCGUGAAAAUUAAACAAUAAUAAGAGGAAGAAAAAAAUAAGUUAUGCUCUUAAAUUCUGUAUAGGCAUCUGAAAUUUGGAAUGCAAUGCCUCGCCGGUUCCUAA